AUGGCGACAGCAGGCGUGAAGCGGUCCUUCGUGGCCACGGCCAUUGACGACGAGGACGCCGAACACCACCACCAACUGGAGAAUCCCUCAAAGUUCAUUCGCGUCGACACUCGCAAUGGCUACAGUACAACACCGAGAGAGCCUCAGAGCCCGAGGACGAACAGCAGCAGGUACUCCAUGGCUGCGUGCUCCAGACCCGAGACGCCAAUAACGAGGCCUGCGACGCCAGUCACCCACCUGCCGAACGAGAUACCCCCAUUCCCUGCCGACGCCUCCAUUGUCCUUGCUGGCAUCCGAGGCGCCGGCAAGUCGACACUCGCCAUCAUCGCCUCGACGGCCAUGGCGCGGAGGGCGCUCGACUGCGAGAAGGCCUUCCAACAGGUCACCGGCCUGACCAGCUUUGCAUAUAAACGGGCCCAUGGCCCCGCAGAAUGUCACCGUCGACAGACGGACGUUCUCCGCGACCUCCUCGACCAGAACUCAAAAGGCUGCUUGAUUGUCUGCAGCUGGAUGGAGCGCUCUGUGCAGACUCUGCUACGAGACUUUUGCCGUACACACCCUGUCGUCCACAUCGUUCGCGAUGUCAAGGCCAUUCAAGAACACCUCAAGAUCGAAGACGAAGACAAGGCAAGAAAUCUUCUUGCCGCGAGCAGUACCAUUUUCCGGACUUGCAGCAAUCUCGAGUUCUUCAAUGUCUCUGAGACGGCAGAUCCUGCGGCCGAGACUGAUGCGGCGAGGAUAGAAGCUCACGCUGGCGGUCAGAAGCCACCCGCACCGUAUCUUACCCUGAAGCGGGCGGAGAGGCACUUCCUCAAAUUCCUCAGCUUGAUCAUGCCCAAAGGCUCUAUCCCCUUCAUUGAAUCUGCCUUCCCCUUGGCGUCUAUUCCGACUGAAGACCGUCGGUUCACCUAUGCCAUUUCAGUAUCAUUGUCGAGCCUUCUCAACAAUGAGAUCACCGUCGAGGAGCUGGAAACAGGUGCUGACGCCAUCGAGAUCGUCGUCGAUGGCCUCGCGGGUGCAACGGCGUUGGAUUCUGAACGAGCUGCAGAUAUUGCAAGGAUCAUUGGGUCGAUCAGAAGGAGCACCGUCAUUCCGCUCAUCUACCAUGUCGUUCUCCCGGACACAACAGAGUCGGUGUACAUGGACUACAUCUUACAUGGUCUCCGACUUACACCUGAAUACCUCACCGUCGACUUACGCUUGAACGAUUACCAAUUACUACACAUCAUCUCAAUGAAGAGGCGGUCAAAGAUCAUUGGUCAUCUAACUCCUGCCGUCGACUCUCCCUCAUGGGCAGAUCCGUUCUGGAUGUCACAUUACCACAGAGCUCGCCGAAUAGGCUGCGAUCUUGUCCGACUUAUCAAGCCUGUCACCUCGAUAAAGGACAACUUUGAUGUGAAUCAUCUCAAGGCUCUGGUCGACGCCACGACUGGCCACAAGAUCCCUCUCAUUGCCUACAACUCCGGCCCUCGUGGCAGGCAUUCGGCUGCCAUGAACCAUGUCCUCACGAGCGUCGUGCCAGAAGCAAUGGCGUCAAAGUACAGCCCCGAUCAGCCUUGUUUGACGGCUGUACAGGCAACGCAAGCGCUGUACAACUCAUUCCUAUUCGACCCCAUGAAGAUUUAUGUCUUCGGUGCCCAUGUCUCCUACAGUUUGUCGCCAGCUAUGCAUAAUGCCGCCCUCAAGGCAUGUGGCAUCCCACAUGUCUACCGCCCCUUCUCCACACCAUCACUGAAUGGCCUCAAAGACCUCAUCGAAGAUCCCUACUUCGCUGGCGCCAGUGUGGGCUUGCCGUUCAAAGUAGAAAUCAUCACUCUCACCCAUUCGCUGAGUCGACACGCCCAGGCCAUCGGUGCAGUAAACACUCUCGUGCCUGUUCGUCGACUGAACCCCGACGGCACCAUUCCAGAAGAUGAAAAACUCUUCAACUGCAGAAAUCGAGCUGGGCCGGUACGCGCACUUUACGGAGAGAACACAGAUUGGAUCGGUAUCCGGGCUUGCCUGAGGAGGGGACUUUCGCCUGCCAAUGCGGUGCGUCCGACAAGUUGCGGUCUCAUUAUCGGCGCAGGCGGUAUGGCUCGUGCUGCAACUUACAGCAUGUUGCAACUUGGCGUGAAGAACAUCGUGGUUUACAACCGCACGGUCUCGAACGCGGAAAAGAUGGUCAAUCACUUCACGAGACUACUAAAGAGACACGACCUACCGCUCUUGAGCGCGAACACGGACGCGGAAACAAGAUUCCAUAUCAUUAGGACCCUGGACGAGGCGUGGCCGGAAGACUUUCGGCCGCCGACCAUGAUCGUCUCCUGUAUCCCAACGCACAGCAUCGGCGACGUACCAGCUCCCAACUUCGUGGCGCCACAAGCCUGGCUAAGCAGUCCAACCGGUGGCUGUCUCGUUGAGCUGGGAUACAAGACGCUUGAUACCCCAAUACUCAACCAAGCGCGCCAGGUCUCUCACCGGGGUUGGGUCACUAUGGACGGUCUGGACCUACUUCCGGAGCAGGGCUUCGCCCAGUUCGAGCUCUUUACAGGGAGGCGAGCACCGCGCAGACUUAUGCGUGGAGAGGUCUUCCGAUCUUACGAGCCUGACGGACAAGAUCGUUCAGCCCUUGCACAACUUGGGCCACGUCUCAACAACAUUGUCGAGCAAGAGCCAUGA